UAGAUAAAUUUUCGAAAUUUUUAUAUAAACUUUUUUGUGCUAUAGCUUUGUAUUUAAAAGAGGAAAAUUAUAUUGAAAUAGUAAAGGAAUAUUUGAACAAACUCAGAAACAGCUAUGGAAGAUUCUAAAAUCUCGACCCAAUCCCCUUACAACCUAAAUAGAUACGAAGAUUUGCAGUUAAAUGUGAAAGACGAUGAGGCAGAGAUUUCACGCUUAGAAGCUGAUGCCAAUGUCUCAAAAAGUUCAGAAAAAUGUGAAUCACAAACCGACGAACGUGUUCCGAAAAUUAAAUUUCAAUGUACUAUGUGCGAUAUGUUGGAAAUGGUGAACUAUUAUGGCAAAACUCCGCCCUUUGUGUAUGGACUUAAGCUUUUAGAAGAUUCUUUUGUACUACGUGAUCCUUUUCAAUCACCUCCAAUUCGUUGGAAGCCCAAAGCAGAGUACUUUGUAAUAAUAGGUUCCAGGUGUACGGUAUGCGAAAACGUCGUUUGCAAAGGAGCGGAAUGUAGUUUUUACUAUACAUGUACUUAUUGUUUGGCUUGCGCAAAAAAACAUAUUAAUAAGUUUCCCAUAGAAUCACAAGCAAAAUUAAGAAAGCAAUUGGAAAUAAAAAUAAAAAAAUAGUA